GCGCUUGCUGUCAAAAAUGUGGGUGAAAGAAGCCCUAUUUGACUGUGGAUCGUUUGGCUAAAAAAAAGUAGGUGAUAUUGUCCCCCACACUUGUGUACCAUUUCAUUUCGUGUUGUUGUUGUGUAUUGGUAUUCCACCGUGUGCUCCCGUUGUGUGCCAUUCCGUGUUGUGUGUAUUCGUAUGCCAUCGUGUACUCUCGUACUCUUUUGAUACUUGGCCUGUGUGAGAGAAGAGAGAGAGAGAUAUGGAAAACAAAAACAAAAACGUAAGCAUCGUAGACGAAAAUGGGAAUCCUGGUAAGCGGCCCUUAAGCAUGCUAAGAAAUUUUGAAGAAGAAGAAGAAACAACACUUGAUUCUGGAAACGCUAAAAAGCAGCAAAAAGAGCAACCAUCUGGGACAAUGAAGAAUUAUAUUGUUUUUCCAAAUGGACAAAAACUAGAAAUUCGUGGCACUAUUUGUGGUGCUGUCAAUCUGGAUCAAACUGUAUGUGCGAAACCAUUAGAUGCUAAUCCGAGCUCCACACAAACACAGCAAACUAUUUUUUAAAAAACUGCUGGAGCUACUCCAUGUA